AUGUUUAGUAAGGAACCAGAUUUAAUAGAAGGAAGGAAAUUCCUUUGUGAAUUAUUAAAAGAUGCACAUGGUUACACGAAAAUUCAUAAGCUUUCAUCUCCUACAAAGUCAAUUAAUUUUGCGAGAACUAUGAAAAUUCUGAAACACACUGGAAUUGAUGCUUCGAAGGAAAGUGUUGACGAUGAAGGUCCAUCUGUAAAUUUAACUGGAGAUCCCAAAAUCUCAAAUGGAUCAAGCUCAUAA